CAAGUAACUGUUUAACUGAUUAUUUAUUUAUAAUUAAUUAUAAAAAUUACUAAAUCUAUGUGACGCAAUAUAAUGGCUCCGCCAUUGGGUUCGUGUAAACGGCGACAGCAUAUCAGCGCCGAUAGCACCCAAUCAGUCGCUAAUAUAUCUCAACACUCGAAGAAAUUUGCAUCAAAUAUGGAAAGUGCGGAAAAUAAUGAGAAUAAUACCGACAAUAAUGAGAACUCGAAACCCAUUAAACAGACCCUUUUCGACGAGACAAAGAUCACUGUAUAUGAAGUGAAACGCCAUCACCGGACCCGUGGCCGCACCCGCGGUCACCACCACAAGUCACACCACCAUCGAGUGCAUCCGCGGCGGUCGCUAUCCCAGGGCGCGACCCCCAGAAGCAAGAACCCGCACCCACUGCUCAUCCGACAGCCACUGGCCCCUCAGCGACGGCUAUCCGUCUCUAAACUCAAAUUGAAUGCCAAUUACAGCGGAUACCAGAAGUCGACGCUAUUUUGUCUGUCAAUUGUGUCGUUCACAUCAAUGCUGUCGAUGUCAUUGAUUGCGCCCUUCUUUCCUCUGGAGGCGUCCAACAAAGGGAUGCGGGAAACCAUCUAUGGCUUCGUGUUCAGUGUCUACGCCCUGGUUAUCAUGAUAUUCAGUCCCAUAGCGGGUAAACUCAUCCCAAUCAUUGGCCCCAACUUUAUGCUCAUCUCCGGUGUGUUUGUGGCCGGAGUGGCGAACGUGUUGUUCGGGGUUUUGGACAAAAUCGACGAUUUGCCCACUUUUACGGCCUAUUGUUUUAUUGUCAGAAUAUUUGAGGCCUUGGGCGCCGCCUCCUUCUCCACCGCCUCCUAUACUAUCAUUAUGCAGGUCUUCCCCGACAACAUCGGCACCGCAUUUGGUUUCAUAGAAACGUGUGUCGGUUUGGGUAUGAGCUUAGGUCCGGCCAUUGGCGGUGGUCUGUACGGUCUCGGCGGCUAUAGUCUCCCAUUCUUCGUAUUGGGAGGUCUCAUGAUAGCCACUAUACCUCUCUGUCUAUAUGUCAUAAAACCCAUUGAAUUCGUAACUCCGAUAAAAACAGACUCAUCAGCGUCAUAUUUAAAGCUCAUAUCAAUACCACAAGUACUAGUCGUGGGUAUAGUCGUAGUGCUAGUCUCGCAAACCAUCAGUUUCCUCGACCCGACAGUUGAGCCCCACUUCCGGGACCUAAACAUAAGCCCGGAAUACGUGUCGAUUGUAUUCCUACUGCUGUCGGCCGCGUAUACCGUAUUCUCGCCGAUCGUGGGCUGGUUUUCGGGAUAUUUCGACAUCAGACAAACUGACUUACAAACGUGUGUCGGUUUGGGUAUGAGUUUAGGUCCGGCCAUUGGCGGUGGUCUGUACGGUCUCGGCGGCUAUAGUCUACCAUUCUUCGUAUUGGGAGGUCUCAUGAUAGCCACUAUACCUCUCUGUCUAUAUGUCAUAAAACCCAUUGAAUUCGUAAUUCCGAUACAAAAAGACUCAUCAGCGUCAUAUUUAAAGCUUAUAUCAAUACCACAAGUACUAGUCGUGGGUAUAGUCGUAGUGCUAGUCUCGCAAACCAUCAGUUUCCUCGACCCCACAGUUGAGCCCCACUUCCGGGACCUAAACAUAAGCCCGGAAUACGUGUCGAUUGUAUUCCUACUGCUGUCGGCCGCGUAUACCGUAUUCUCGCCGAUCGUGGGCUGGUUUUCGGGAUAUUUCGACAAUAAGUUCCCGAUUAUGGCUUUGGGAAUGUUUCUGACCAGCGUUGGGCUUCUACUUAUGGGCCCCUCCUUUCUCAUACCCCUCGAGCCCUCACUCUUGAUCAGUGUGGGCGCGAUGGGGCUCAUAGGUGUGGCCUAUGCCAUCGCAUUUAUACCCACAUUUGAAUCUAUAUUAGACAUCGCAUUGUAUGACACUUUGUAAUAAAUUA